AUGGCGGCAAGACGACCUUUACCAUGCGGUAUUUACGCACCCACAAUGACCUUUUUCAACCCCGAAACCGAAGACCUCGACAUCCCCACCAUCAAGAAGCAUGCCCAGCGCCUCAUCCGGGAUGGCUUGGUUGGACUGGUCACUAUGGGGUCCAAUGGUGAAGCCGUCCACUGCACCAGAGAAGAAAAGCUGGCCGUCACAAAGGCAACCCGUGAAGCUCUCGACGAGGCCGGCUUCACCUCGACGCCCAUCAUUCUGGGUGCCACCGAAGGCAGUGUGAGAGGAACUGUCGAGUUGAGCAAGCUGGCUGCUGAGGCUGGUGCUGAUUACACCCUCUUGUUACCCCCCUCGUACUACCGCGCCCAGAUUGACGAAGAGUCCAUCGUCAACUACUUUACUGCCGUUGCCGAUGCCAGCCCCUUGCCUGUCAUCAUCUACAACUACCCCGGCGCCGUGUCUGGCAUCGACCUCGACAGUGACGUUCUCAUCAAGCUUGGACAGCACCCCAACAUUGUCGGCACUAAAUUCACCUGCGGCAACACUGGCAAGUUGACUCGCGUUGCCCUCGGCACCAAUGCCAAGACUCCCUUCCAAGAAGGCUCCGGCUACAUGGCCUUUGGUGGCAUGUGCGACUUUACCCUUCAGACCCUUGCCAGCGGCGGAAGCGGCAUCAUUGCCGGUGGUGCCAAUGUCAUGCCCAAAGUGUGCGCUCGCGUAUGGAACUUGUAUGCCGAGGGCAAAAAGGACGAGGCUCAGGCUCUGCAAAAGAUUCUGAGCCGAGGGGACUGGCCCCUGACCAAGGCAGCCAUUGCUGGCACAAAGCAGGCUAUCCAAAUGAAUUUCGGCUAUGGUGGAUACCCUCGGCGACCUUUGAAGAGGUUGGAUGAGGCUAGGCUAAAGGCCAUUGAGGAGGGCAUCCGCGAGGUCAUGGAAGUUGAAAAGUCCUUGUAG